UGUGUACUCUGUAUACUAAUAAGAUACAAGUUGACCUGACCCAAGCUUGAACCCUGAUAUGAUAUUUCUGAGCAAAUAAUAUAGCAUUUCACUAUCAGCGACACAAGUGAACGCAUACUUCACUUGCGUCAGUCAGUCUCAUGAAAUCAAACCGAGGCCACGAACAGUCUGUUACCGACGAUAAAAAUAAAACAGUACAAGAAAAACCAAGGAUGCCGAAUAUUAAAGUAUUCACAGGGAGUUCUCACCCAGAACUAGCGAAGAAGAUCGUUGCACGCCUCGGUCUUGAUCUAGGUAGAGCUACUACAAAAAAGUUCAGCAACAAAGAAACGAAUGUUGAAAUUGGUGAAUCCGUCCGAGGUGAAGAUGUGUUCAUUGUACAAAGUGGUUGUGGAGAAAUCAACGAUAACCUCAUGGAACUCCUCAUAAUGAUAAAUGCCUGCAAAAUAGCGUCCGCCUCCCGUGUGACUGCAGUUAUUCCGAGUUUUCCCUAUUCCAGGCAAGAUAAAAAAGAAAAGAGUCGAGCUCCAAUAACAGCAAAGCUUCUUGCUAAUUUAAUUUCGGUCUCCGGCGCGGAUCACGUAAUAACGAUAGAUCUACACUCGUCACAGAUUCAAGGUUUUUUCAACAUACCUGUUGAUAACUUGUACGCUGAGCCUGCGAUUACAAAAUGGAUAAAGGAUAACAUUCCUGAGUGGAAACAUAGUGUUAUGGUGUCUCCCGAUGCGGGUGGUGUAAAGAGAAUGACAGCUAUUGCUGAUAGACUAGAUAUUGACUUUGCAAUUAUACACAAGGAGAGACAAAGAGCUAACGACGAAGAUUCUACAGUGUUAGUUGGUGAUGUUAAGAACAGGACCGCUAUCAUGGUCGAUGAUUUAGCAGAUACUUGCGAUACUAUAGUGAAGGGUGCUGAGAAGCUACGUGAAGCUGGAGCUACUAAAAUCUAUGCCAUAUUAACACACGGAGUACUUGCUGGUAAUGCUAUAGAAAAGAUCAAUAACUCAUGUUUAGAAGCGUUAAUUGUAACAAAUACAAUACCUCAAGACAAACACAUGAAAAUCUGUCCAAAAUUACAAUCUAUGGAUAUAUCAGUUAUGCUAGCAGAAGCAAUAAGACGUACACAUUAUGCUGAAUCUGUUUCUUAUCUUUUCACUAAUGUACCAUAUUAAAAGAUAAAUGUUUGCUUAUCAUUGUUACUUCAUCUUUAACCUUAGAAUUUGCCGUGUUUAUUAUAUUUUAUUCAGCUUCUGCUCAUAAAACACCUCAUAGGGUUCGUAAUAUAAACAAACAUUGCGAUAAAAAUUACGUCAUAUAUUAUAAGAUAAAUAAAUAUUUUAAUACA